CGCUAUUAAAUGUAAAAGGCAAUAAUUUUUGCCACUCGUGCACAUAAUAAUUGGCAAAUUGCUUCACGAGUCCAAUAAUAUUAUGCGCGUAAUAAUUAAGCAUUUGGAUAAUAGGUGCGUAGUGUUGAUGGUUUGGUUAUUGAUUGCAGAUCUCGACGGAGUCGUCGUGUUGGCAAACAGCUGGACAAAAUUUUAACAGAGGAUGAGAUGACGAUAUUGAAGAACGAUCAGCAUUUCGAGCAUAAAGCAGAGAGUUCGGAUACGGAAACGAUGCUUUCGCGUGACUGGAGACAAGCUCUACGUACUCCGCACAUUUACAGAGUUGGCAAUAGUAGCCUUCGGGUGCAGAGCCAAUUUUUGCUCUUUGUGCUCUUCCUUUUCUUAUUUAUAUUCUUUUACUAUGGCUAUCCGUUGGUCAAUACUAUCGUCUGUUCGGCUCAAAUACAGAAUACGCUUCCCCCGUGCCAGUAUUAUUUUUAUAACAGGACAUAUCCAUUGACGCUUCCGGUUAAGCAGUUUAAUAGCGUGUCGUACGCGAUAGCCAUUGUCAGCGAUCUGGAUGAGAGAUCUAAGAGCGUAGACGAAGAAAAUGUGUGGGUCAGUUAUCUGAAGAAGGGUCGUCUAACGUGGAGGCCGUCGAGAAAUUUUAUAUCGGUGGCGUGGGAAGAGGGCUUUGUGACUUUGUCGUCGUCGCUGGCAAUGAAGGGUCGAGGAAUGGAACUUUCGGAACUUGUGACUUUUGACGGUAGAUUGUUAACUUUUGACGACAGAACUGGCAUGAUUUAUUUUUUCGAAGGGGACAGAGUCUAUCCUUGGGUCAUACUCAUGGAUGGGAACGGAAAGCACACCAAAGGUUUUAAAUCCGAAUGGGCGACGGUGAAAGACGAGCAGUUGUACGUUGGAAGUAUGGGCAAAGAAUGGACGACGAAUAAUGGAGAAAUUCAAAAUAACAAUCCACAAUGGAUUAAAGUAAUUUCACCUCACGGAGAGGUACAUUCUAGAAACUGGAUUUCAAAUUAUAAGCGUUUGAGAGAAGCGAUAAACAUUGAAUUUCCCGGUUACGUGAUUCACGAAUCUGGAGUCUGGAGUAAUAUUCAUCAUAAAUGGUUUUUUAUUCCUAGAAGAUGUUCAAAGGAAGCAUAUAACGACACCAAAGACGAAGUGAUGAGUUGUAAUGUAAUGUUAACGGCCGAUGAAACUUUUGUAAAUAUUGAGGUAACAUAUAUUGGCAAGCUUAUACCCAUCAGAGGAUUUUCAAGUUUUAAGUUCCUACCCGGUUCUAAAGACACUAUAAUAGUGGCUUUGAAGACGGAGGAAUACCACGGAGACACUGCCACUUACAUUACAGCAUUUAAUAUUAAUGGGCAAAUAAUUAUGCCGGAUAUCAAAGUGUCGAAUAAAAAGUUUGAAGGCUUAGAAUUUGUAUGACAUUCCUGGUAAAAGGGCCUGGA